UGAAUGUAGAAUUUAUAUCUGUAGCAAUUGCUGCAGCAAUUACCGCGCUCCAAAGUAAAGAGAAGGGUAAAGCUAAAGAAAGCAGCCUAUCACCAUCUGGCUCUAGUAGCAAUAACGAAAGUGGACGAGCAAGUAGUGGGGCCAGUAAAG